AUGGACACGGAUCUUUAUAAGUUGCUAAAAACUCAAACGAUAUCGAAUGACCAUGUGUGCUUCUUCCUAUACCAGAUCCUUCGUGGGCUCAAAUAUAUCCACACAGCCAACAUUUGCGACUUUGGAUUGGCUCGCGUUAGUGAUCCUCGAACUGAUCAUACAGGAUUUCUUACCGAAUAUGUAGCAACGAGAUGGUAUCGAGCGCCAGAAGUAAUGCUGAAUUCCAAAGGAUAUACAAAAUCCAUGGAUGUUUGGUCGGUUGGUUGCAUAUUAGCUGAAAUGCUGAACAAUCGUCCAUUAUUCCCCGGAAAGCACUACUUAGAUCAACUGAAUCUCAUCUUAGCUGUAGUUGGAUCUCCUUCAGAAGAAGAUUUGCAAUGUAUAAUGAAUGAAAAAGCACGAUCCUAUCUGAAAUCUCUCCCCCAACGACCUAAACAACAGUGGUCAGCGUUAUAUCCAGAUGCUGACCCUAGCUGCUUAGAUUUGCUCGACAAAAUGUUAACAUUUGAUCCUAACAAGAGAAUUCCGGUAGAAGAAGCUUUGGCACAUCCCUAUCUUUCGGAGUACUACGAUCCAAACGAAGAGGUACGAACUUUGAUAAUCUUCAUUUUUUUGAUGAUUGGAAAAAACUUUAACCAUAAUCCGUAG